UGACUUUGGGGAUGGGUCCUCAUCUGGUGAGUGACAAUAGUCAUUAUGCAUGUCAUGUACAGUACAAAUGUUAUAAUAAUAUGCAUUGAAAUCCCUUAAUAACAUUUUGUUGCUCAUGAAAGAAUUGAAGUGCAAUCUAAUAACAUUCAGAAUGUAUAUGUACAACUUAAAUAGAAUCUAUAUAAAUCCAAAAUAUUGUUUCUAAUGAAUAAAUUUGUUCUUCAAGAAAUUGAAAUUAUUUCUCAUAAAAUAGAUGUUUAUAAAAACAGUAAUGUUUUUAUAAACAAGGCAUGUCUCCUCUCAACCCAAAUAGUCCCUUACAGUAACAAUAAUCCUGACAUAUGCCCCUAGAACUAAUUCAUUUUCUGCCUAUUGUUACAGGCCAUUUGCACAACCUACUGAAGAGUGACCACACCACAUGUACUCUCCAUAAAGCCCUGUUAUUUCCCUCAAGACUACCAAAAAUUUUGUGCUCCUUUUAAGACUGUGCAGGAGUAUAUCUUAGAAGAAUCCAAUGAAAGCAAUAGUUUCAAAUGCUGUUAUUUUGGGAAUAUUCUUUCUCUCUCUAUUUGUAAUUGGUUUAAUUGGGAAUACAUGGCUACUUGUGUUACAAAUUAAUACCCUCUUAUUUCAGCCCCGCUAAAAGAUGCCUAUAGACUGGAUAUUCAUGCACUUAACCUUCGCUAAUAUCCUCAAAAUUGUUUGCACUGGGAUUCCGGAAAUAAUACAUUCCUUUGGAAUAAGAAAUUUUUUGGAUGACACUGGUUGUAAGGCAGUGCUCUACAUGUACAGAGUCACCAGGGGUCUUUCCCUCUGUACGAUGUCCUUCCUGAGUAUAUUUCAGGCUGUAAUGAUCAUUCCCAGCAACUCCAGGUGGGCGUGGCUAAAACCCAAAAUUUCCACAUGCAUUUUUCCUGCCUUAUUUCUUUUUUGUAUCUCCAACAUGCUGAUCUACAUCUGGGUCAUCAUAACCACUGUGGCCCCCUACAACACCACUGAAGCUGUGCAAAGUUACACUGUGACAUACUGUAGUGGAAGAGAUUCUGAUAAGCUUGGGACAGCUGUGUUUCUGGGAAUCAUGGCAAUAGAAGAUGCCUUGUGUGUGUUCCUCAUGAUCUGGACCAGUGUGUACAUGGUGAGGCUCCUCUUCACACACCGUAGGACAGUCCAGCAUAUCCACAAGACCAGCCUCUCCCCACGAGCCUCUCCUGAAACCAGAGCCACCCACAUGAUCCUGGUACUGGUGAGCUGCUUUGUUGUCUUUUACUGGACCAACAGCUGCCUUACUAUUUAUAUAAGUUAUAGAUGUGAUGUACAAGGGUUGGAGAAUAUUACAGUUUUUUUGGCCUCUUGUUAUCCAGCAAUCUGUCCUUUUGUGCUGAUCAAAAAUAAUAAUAGAAAAUCCCGUCUGACCUGUGCCUUUGAGAAAAUGAACAAGUCCUCUCCACAAUUUCCCUCAAAGGCUUGACAACUUCCCACAAUUCUCUGACACAAAGGGCAUGUGAAUAGAACAUCCUACCCCACAAUUUUAGGAAGGUAAGAUUCUGCAAAACUAUUAACAGUUUUUACUAUGGAAAUUUCUUAAGCCAUCCUGCUUAGUCAACAUACAGAGAUAAAUUAUAAGGCUCAUAGAUAAAACAUAGAGAAGACAGUUCCACCUGGAAGGGACACUCUUUUACCUUUCCUACAAACAUUCCCAAGCAUUCACACAUAAUUCCCAAACAAUUUCUCAGGAAUCCAUUAUGAUUAUUUGGAUGUCUGUAUUUUUAAGAGAUCUUCUCUAAUGUGCUAUAUCCAUGGGUUCAAUUCCAGUAACUAAGUCGCAGGAUUAUGCUUGAUAGGUUCAUUUGAAAAAAUGGUUUCAUACCUGCAGUGUUAUAUAGUUCGGACCUUAAAGUCAAUACUUGAGUUUACUACACGGUGUCAUUCAUAUCUGGUUUAUUCAUACAAAGUGAUAAAAGUGUAAAUUUAACCAAACUUCUUUUGCCCUAUGAAUAAUAAUACAGGGUCCCUAAAACACAGGUGUAUCAUUCAUCCUAUUUUACUUUAUGAAAUCCACACUUUACUCUCCAUAUGCAGAGCUUUGUACCUGUUUGCAUCAUAGGAAGUGUUUCACAAUUUCCAUUCUGUUUUUUAAGAUACACUUUUGUGUUGGCAAAUAUUUGUAUCUCUGUAGUUUUU